GAUUGUCUUUACUAAAAUGUUUACUACUUCCUUUCUAUAUCGAAUAGACGAAAGAUAACCGUUUGAAUCAAUUAUACACACCAGCAUAGUGUUGUGUCUCCUCGAACAAGUGGUCAACGUGUCCUUUCGAUUGCGUCAGUAGUAAGGGGUUUUGCUCAGAAAUCUAACGUGAUUUAUCCAAUUGAUUUUGAUAGCAGUGGAAACAUGUACAUCAUGCAACGAAGGUUUUCUACUAUAAAUCGGAUGGCCCGUUGCUGGUUCAGGAUACCAUCUUCAGUAUGCGAAGGGCAAAUGAAAACAGCGUCGGAACCGCCUCGACUAUUGCCACCAGCAGCACCAUUCUGCAGCGUUCGACGAUGGUCCAGCUCCGGGAUGAAUCCUAACGAUUUCAUCGCCACAUCCCUGAUCGAUUCGGUCACUUAUGAAACCGUCUGCUCGGACACGCUCGAAUCCUUGUGCGAUUACUUCGAGGAGGUGAUAGAGGAAACAGCGGCUCUAAAACAUGCAGACGUCACAUACGGAGAUGGCGUGCUUACCGUGAAGUUUGGCCCACCGCACGGAACGUACGUAAUAAAUCGACAAUCGCCCAACCGCCAGAUCUGGCUCAGUUCGCCGACGAGUGGACCGAAGCGGUACGACUUUGUGCCGAACAAACGGACCAUCAACGAGGGCUACUGGUUAUAUCGUCACGACGGUAUGACACUGCAUCAGCUGCUACAGCAGGAAAUAAGCGCCAUCGCGGGUCGUGAGCUAGAUUUCUUUGCCCUACCACACAGCCAGCCUCCGAAAGCUGCUUGAUGUGAUGUAAUGUAAGUAUGAGCCAGAAGACUUCUUUCUGUUAGCAACCUCGUUUCUAUGUUCUAGAGAAUAUUACCCAGUGCACAGAUAUAGCCUUUGUUUUGCUACAAAUUUUCCUAGUUUAGAAUCUGCAACCAACUUCAUAAAAAUCGAAUCGAUUGUCGUUCAAGCACGUGAAAAACAGAAAUGAGUAGUCCAAAAUGAGCUGAAUAUUGUGCAUAACUAUGUUCAACGAUUUUUUAACCGUUUUGUUCAGUUAUCAAUUAAAAGGCUAUUUUUAAUGAGUGACAAAAUACAAACCAUAACAUA